AGAUGAAAAACAUAAACAUACAGAAAAAGAAGUUGUUUUGAGCGCCACAAUAAAAAAGAAAACUAAUAAAAUAAAAUAAUUGCAAUGAAUGAUGAAAAUAAUAGCAAAGUAUACAAUCAUUAUCUGGAAUUAAGUAAACCUACCAAAGAGGAUUUAAAAAGAGUCUUCACAGAAGCCGAACUAAAAGAAUUAUGUUUAAAACACAAAUGUCGUGUGAAUAUGUGGCGAUGGAAUGUGGCCAAUGAGUAUCGUAUAGUGUUCACAGAAAGUCUAUAG